AUGCGACGAUCCUGGGCCGGAAUCUGCUCGCUCCGGACGACAGCGAAGGGGUCUCGUCAAUCGGUCUUCAUGUCGACAUCUGCGACGGCUGUCGCGCCGCUCGGCAGCCGCGACAGCUUUGCGGCCCUGCCACGGACGUAUGCGAAUGCGCUGGGCCUGCUGGGCCAGCUGUCGACGAACCGGGACGUGACAGCGCUGUUUGAGGUAGCGGGAGCGGAAACAAAAGCAGGGGGUGACCUGAACGCGCCGGCGAUGCCAGAGGUGCGAGCGUGGCUCGGCCGCGCCGGUUAUGCGAAUCCGACACGGGACCUGGCCCAGCUGCGAUGUGUUCACGUGGCCGGGACCAAGGGCAAGGGAUCGGUGUGUGCGCUCGUCACGGCGAUCCUGGUGGCAGAGGCCGGCCGCCAGCGUGGUGUUGGCCGCGUCGGCACGUACCUGUCGCCACACGUCGUGUCGGUGCGGGAGCGAAUCUGGCUCGACGGCCGGCCGAUCAGCCAGGCCCUGUUUGCGCGGUAUGUGUUUGAGGUGUGGGAGCGGUUGAGCGAGGCGGCAGCAGCAGUUGGUAGUGCUGCCUCUGUCGCUUCUACCGCAGCCACGCCUGCAGGCACUCGUCCACCGCCCCCCUACGGACCCGCCACCAAGCCGUUCUACUUCCGCUUCCUCACCCUCGUCGCCCUGCACGCAUUUGUCCGCGAAGGCGUCCGCUCGGCCGUGAUCGAGUGCGGCAUCGGCGGCGAGUACGACGUGACCAACGUGCUGCCACCGGCCGUCGUCACCGCCGCCGCCGUCAGCCGCCUGGGCAUCGACCACGUCGCCAUGCUGGGCCGCGCGCUCGGCCCGAUCGCCUGGCACAAGGCCGGCAUCUUCAAGCCCGGCGUGGCUGCCUUCAUGCUGCAGGGCGACGACGAGGAGAGCCGGGCGGCCAUGGCGGUGCUCCGGGCGCGGGCCCGCGAGAAGGGCGUCUCGGCCCUGUACGAGAUCACGCCGGACUGCGUCGACCGCUGGGACGGCCUGCCGGAUGCGGCCCUGCACGGCUCCUUUCAGAAGCACAACAUGGCCCUCGCGGCCGCCCUGGCAUGCCACCACCUGCAGCAGGUCCGCGGACCAGAGACGGAAGCCGUCUCGCCAUCCGCAUCAUCACCACCUCCAUCCACCCUCCUCGACCCCGCCUCCAUGCCGCCUCGCUUUCGCCAAGCCAUGGCUGCCGCCACCCUGCGCGCCCGCUGCGAGUCCGUCCACGAUGCCGACGUUCAGGCCGACUGGCUCGUCGAUGGCGCCCACACCACCGACAGCCUCGCCGAGGUGGCCCGCUUCUUUGUCUCGGCCGAGCCCGAGCCCGGGACCACCCCCAUCCUCCUGUUCAGUGUCCGCGACCGAAACCCGGCCGAGCUGGUGCGCGCCCUUCUCGCCGCCACGCCUGAUCGCUUCUUCCGCCACGCCCUGCUCGUCUUUCCCCCGUCCCAGAACGACGAGGCCGCCCGCGCCGCCGCCCUGCAGGCCAUCACCGUCGCCAGCCCCGGCACGGCUGCCAGCGCCUGGGACGACGUGCCCGCGGCCGUGGCCCGGAUACGCGCGCUGGCCGGCGCGUCGGCUCGCUGUCGCAUCCUGGCCACCGGCAGCUUCGUCCUGGCGCGCGAGGUCCUGCAGGAACUACAUGUCGACGGUGAGGAGUAA